CCGCCAUUAAAUCAAAGAAGAAAAAUUAAAGAAGAAGAGCCAGCAACAACCACAACACACAAUACCGUUGCAGUUAGAUAUCGAGCUGUUUAUUUGUUACUGGAGUUUUCAGAUCACUAGUGAUUCAGCCAAACUUUAGUUUGUAUGUGGCAUCUCGUGCUGCUGUUAUAAUGGAGGAUACAAACCGAUCUUCUUAUCUGGACGAGCCGCCGAACAGUCGACUGUUUCUCGUCACCAGUAAAUCCGUAACAGAAGAUAUCAUCCGAGAUCGUUUCAAAGAUUUCGGGGAGAUUCAGGACAUCUUGCAGGUGAGAGACAAACAGACGAGAGAGUCGAAGGGAGUUUCGUUUAUAAAAUUCGCCAAAUCUUCUCAAGCUUGCGUUGCUAUGGAGGAGAUGCACGGAAAAUGCCUGGCCGAGGGAACCAAACCUAUAAAGGUGUUCAUCGCGCAGUCCAGAUCUUCUGGGAAUCAUCGGGAUGUGGAGGACGAGGAGCUCACCAGAAUAUUUGUAAUGAUCCCAAAAACCUUCACAGAGGAGGAUCUGAAAGAAACUUUUAAGGAGUAUGGAGAUAUAGAGUAUGCUAUCAUUAUAAGAAAUAAGACUACAGGUGAAAGUAAAGGUCUGGGGUAUGUGAGAUACCACAAACCUUCACAGGCUGCCCGAGCCAUCGAAAACUGUGAUAAGACUUUUAGAGCGAUUUUAGCUGAGCCCAGAAACAAGAAUGCCUCAGCAGACAGCGAGUAUGUCACAAACUCCAGAGCGGAUCGUGACCGGAGUGAUCCCGGCCCCAGCACUUAUGCAUUUGCACACGAAUCUACGAGUUACGCCACAGGGGAUGCGUGGAACCCUGACAUCAUCACACGCUGCCUGAUGGUAACGUCACGUGCAGCCGUAACGCAGGAGCAGAUAUACGGCCUGUUUGAUCUUGUCCCAGGAAUGGAUUUCUGUGAGAUGCAGCGAGACCAGUAUGGCUUCAGCAAAGGUCAGAUUGUGAUCCGCUAUAGUAAUCUGGGCUCUGCGGUUUAUGCCAAAGAGAAGCUAAAUGGCUUUGAGUAUCCGCCUGGUAAUCGUCUAUCAGUAACGUAUAUAGAUGACGGAGAGGACAAGUCCAGUCUCGUGGGCAGAAUGGCCAUGCAGCUGGUGGCCGCUCAGAUGAUGUCUGUGGUCUGGAACGGACCCUCCGGUACACAACUUAUGAAGAGCAGCAUGGGCUGUGCAGCGCCUUCUGGACCUCCUGUACCUCCCAUAAAUCCUCCCAAAUCCCGUAUACAGACGGACGUACCUCUUCCUCCUCUGAAGAAACUGGCCCCGUCUGAAAGUGUGGCUAGAGAGAGACUCUUUUUGAUAUUCAACCCUUCACCUUUGCCUGUAGACGUGCUGGAGGAUGUGUUCUGUCGUUUUGGUUCCCUGAUAGACGUUUACUUGGUUCCGGGUCGGAACGUUGGAUAUAUUAAGUUUGCAGAGCGGAGGUCUGCUACGGAUGCCAUAGCAAUGCUGCAUGGCAAAGUGGUGAACGGGGUCAGGAUGAAGGUCUUGCUGGCAGACCCGCCCAAAGAGGAGUCACACAAACGCCAGAGAACUUACUGACCUUUGACCCUCUUAGAGUUUUAAGUGACAUGACGCAUGACCCCGACAUGACAGGACGGAUAUGACACGACCUCAUAGAGACGGACACUGACUGCUGCCAUUUCAGUUCAUUUAUAGAUGAGAGUUUUUCUCACCUUUAACCUUUUUCUCUUGUGUUAACUCUUAGCUAUAUAAGACCCUUUGCUUUAGGUGACUGACAAAACCACAGAGAAGUUUGAGCCAAUGCAAGACUGUCUGUGUGUCAUUACCAUUAUGUGUGAUUAAACGAUUCAAAUCAUCUGGA